GGGUUAAUCUUCAGUAUUCCAGUCAGCAGUAGUGGCGCACCGGAGCGGAGCGCGGUGCAUGACGGGACGCGGGUGUAAUCUCCACCUCACAUCCCUCCAUCAUCAGCCGCACGCUGACCUCUGACAGCAAACACGGAAGCAGCAUGGCGUCAAACAGCAGCAGCACCGCACAGCAGAGACUCAGGAUCAUAGCCGGACAUUUGCAGAAACGGCCAGAAGAUGAACACCCGAGCGUCGCUGCGCAGGAGUGUAAAGCCGAGACGUCCCGAUCCAACCCGAGCAGCGCGACACCGGUGCCGAAGAGGAGGCAGGAGAUCAUGAAGUGGAAUGGCUGGGGUUACAGUGACUCAAGGUUCCUGUUCAAUAAAAAGGGUCAAGCAGAGUUCACAGGGAAACGGUAUCGGUUGAGUGGGCUGAUUUUACCAAGUCUGAAGGACUGGUUCGAGGGCACGUUUGGAGCCAAUUUACAGCAUAAAUCUCCUGCGACACCCACCGUGAAUUUAAGUGCAGUUGCUCCUCCUGACCUGAACGAGCCCUUCGUCGAGGAUCUGAAAGCAGCAGGUGUGGCCAUGUCACAUGACCCAGAGGACCGGGUUUUCCGAGCUCAUGGUCACUGCCUGCAUGAGAUCUUUGCCCUGCGCGAGGGGAGGAUAGGACGGGUGCCCGACAUGGUGGUUUGGCCGAGCUGUCACAAAGAUGUAGAGAAGAUUGUGGAACUGGCCUGCAAACACAACGUCUGCUUGAUACCCUACGGAGGUGGGACGAGUGUGUCCAGUGCGCUAGAGUGCCCUCGUGAGGAGACUCGCUCCAUUGUCUCUUUGGACACCUCUCAGAUGAAUCGAAUAUUGUGGAUCGAUGAGAAGAAUCUAACAGCUCAUGUGGAGGCUGGAAUCAUCGGACAGGAUCUGGAGAGACAGUUGAAUGAGCGUGGUUACUGUACGGGCCACGAGCCGGACUCCAUGGAGUUCAGUUCUCUGGGCGGCUGGGUGGCCACACGGGCAUCAGGCAUGAAGAAAAACAUCUACGGCAACAUUGAGGAGCUGGUGGUGCAUAUAAAGAUGGUGACCCCUAGAGGAGUGAUUGAGAAGAGCUGUCUGGGGCCCCGCAUGUCCACCGGCCCCGACAUACAUCACUUCAUACUGGGCUCAGAGGGAACUCUGGGAGUGGUGACUGAAGUCACACUGAAGAUCCGACCCAUUCCUGAGUAUCAAAAGUACGGCUCCGUUGUCUUCCCAAACUUCCAGCAGGGUGUGGCGUGCCUGAGAGAGGUGGCCAGACAGAGAUGCGCUCCAGCAUCCAUUCGGCUAAUGGACAACGAGCAGUUUCAGUUUGGUCACGCACUCAAGCCACAAGUGUCCUCCAUAUUCACGUCAUUCUUGGACGGGUUGAAAAAAUUCUACAUCACAAAGUUUAAAGGAUUUGACCCGCACCACCUGUGUGUCGCUACACUGUUAUUUGAGGGGGAUCGUGGGAAGGUUUUGCAGCACGAGAAACAGGUUUACGACAUCGCAGCCAAGUUUGGAUUUGUCAUCGCGUAUCUGCGGGAUUUGGGAAUGGACUACUAUGUGAUCGGAGAGUCGUUUGAGACGUCUGUGCCGUGGGACAGGGUUUUGGACUUGUGCAGAAAUGUGAAGGAGAGGAUUGUAAGAGAGUGUAAGGAGAGAGGAGUACAGUUCCCUCCGCUCUCCACAUGCAGAGUUACACAGACGUAUGACGCAGGUGCUUGUGUGUAUUUCUAUUUUGCCUUUAAUUACCGGGGUCUGAGUGAUCCAGUUCACGUCUACGAACAAGUGGAGCAUGCAGCCCGGGAGGAGAUUCUGGCCAACGGAGGAAGUCUGUCUCACCACCAUGGAGUGGGAAAACUCCGGAAGGAAUGGAUGAAAGAGAGCGUGUCCGGCGUGGGGCUCGGCAUGCUCAAGUCGGUGAAGGAGUAUGUGGACCCCCAGAACGUUUUUGGCAACAGAAACCUGUUGUGAUUCACUAACAUUCUGUAUCCGCGCAUUUUCUAUCAUCAUCUAGUAAUAUUUGAUUUGAACUUCAUAGUCCUGUCUUUUUCUUGGUGUGUGUGCACACACUAAUACGAUAAACCACUCCUCUGUUUCCCAUUAACUCGGUCCUCUUAUUGUCACCUUUGACCUCAUCUUUAGUGAGGUGGUCACGUGACUUCAGUUCUCGGCGGUCUUCCUGAUUGAACAGGUUUUUGAUACUGUAACGUCUGGAUGCUUCUGUGUCUGGCACUACAUGUUGUGUUUGGGACAUUAGCAGUAACUGAAUUAUGCUUUUAAAAGCUGUGCCUUCUGUCCGUCUGUCUGUCUGUCUGUCUUCCACUCCUCUUUCUGAGUGGCUAAACGUUUACUGUCUUUUAUCCUCUCUUCCUUACUGUACUUUUGCCUUUUCUAUUCGCCUGUCAAACUAGGUGUAUUAUAAUUUUUGGGUGAAUCUCAUAAAAGAAAUGUUCUAUUUGUAUAUGAAAAAAAUACAUAAAGACAAUGGAGACAGGUUUUUUGGCCCAUUAAGACCACUUAAAAAUCUGCACAAUUUCCCACCAAAUCUCACUGCAUUAACAUAUAUAAAAAUCUUACAGUAAUUAAAAUAAUUACAAUUAUUCAUAUUACAAAAAAUGAAAAUGGGGGAAUAUGCUUAACUGUAAUAAAAAAAUCUGUCUCAACUAAAAAUAAAUGCUUCAAAAUUCUCAAUUUUCUUGACGCAAAAUAUAUUUU